GGUAUGAUGUCACAUUUUAACAUGCUUUUAUCGUUCCUCAACACAACAGUGCUCAGCAGUGUUCUACCAAAUUAAAAGAUGUAUCAUGGAACAAGGCAUUCUAGCAUCAGCUGUUCCGACGCCGAAAACUCCAAUCUAUCAGCGCUACACAACCGCCCUCCAGAAUGACCCCCGUUGCUCACAAGAGGUAGCGCUAGGCAGACGCAUCGGCCUGUACAGGUUCUGCGGCGAUAUCGGACGAGGCAACUUCUCGCGUGUUAAGCUCGCUGUUCAUCAAUUAACCAAAGAUAAAGUCGCUAUCAAGGUAGUGGACACCAGUCGUUUAGAUGCUAAGGCGCUUCGCAUGUUGUCGCGCGAGGUAAGCACGCUUGAGUGUGUCUACCAUCCAUUUAUUUUAAGACUGUUUGAAGUGAUAGAAACAUUGGGAAAGAUCCAUCUGAUCAGCGAAUGGGUACAAGGCGGUGAGCUUUACAAUCGCAUCACGGAGGUCGGCCCGCUCAAGGAACCACACGCUGCACUACUUUUCCAACAACUGCUACUGGCUGUGAAGCAUCUGCAUAGUUUAGGUUUCGUGCACCGUGACAUCAAGGCAGAAAAUGUGUUACUUGUAAGCGAAGAGCGUAUCAAGCUGGCCGAUUUUGGCUUCAGCACACAGCUGGUAAACGGACCCUGGCAGCAUCUGGACACGUUUUGUGGUUCGCCACCGUACGCCGCGCCGGAACUGUUCAGUGACGAUCACUACAUCGGCGGUCCGGUAGAUAUCUGGGCGCUUGGGAUUCUGCUAUACUUCAUGCUGGAGGGCUGUAUGCCCUUCAAAGCGCCAACAGUACCACUGUUACGAACGGCUGUGCUAAAGGGUGAAUUUGUCAUUUCCACCAGCCUGAGCGUGCCAUGUUGUCGCGUAAUUCAACGAAUUCUGGUUCACACACCAUCCCGACGACCGACGAUCGAGCAGCUGCUGGAGUGCCAAUGGUUCCGAUACGCACAGGAUCAUGCCGGUCGGCUGGGACGGGCGAACCACCAACAUCAAACCACCAUCGGCCAAAUUCGAAACCCCAACAACAAUGUUCCUAGGCGAAGACGAAAAAAACUGUUCUGGUUUUUUCCUGCGGCACGCGAUCGCCUUUCCUCGCCCGAGUCAAACUCAUCCAGUCGUGAUAACAACCUUAGUGCUGCCAACAACAAUCAGCGUCACCUUCAUCAUCAUCAUCAUCAUCAUCGUCAUCACCAUCAUCGGCACGAACAACCAACCGUGUCCUCAUUGACGAAAUCCUCAUCCUCGCGGGACGAACGCCUAGAUAAUCCACCGGAUAUCCCCAAUCUGCGCACGAUAGCGUGCAGCACCAAGCGUGCCGCUAGUGUAUUGGAGGAGAACUAUCUGCAUCCGCUCAAGCUGGAUCCACGGGACGGGACCGAUGGGACGGACACCGAGCACCAUCUACAUCAGCAUUCCCAUUUUACUACUAGCAAGGAUAUUCUAUCCAACGAUGUGUCAAAUAAUAAUACGGAUAACAAUAACGCUAACGGUACGAAUAACUACAAUAAUCAGCUUACCAACGAUCCCGCGGCAGCUGGUAAUGGGGCUGGUAACCAUCGCAAGGAUAGUGGUCAGCCCGGUCAGGAGCGUAAGCCGCGUCGGUUUUCUUUCGGACGUACAUUGAAGAAGCGUAUCGGACCCAUGGAAUUAGUGUCGGCGGAAAGUCUCACGGGCCCGGACAGUGUAUCGCGACCAGAUCGUGUAAUAGAUCUGCGAGAAAAGCUGCAUCGUACGAUUGACGAAGAGCACGGUCGCUUUAUGAUGUACCCGACGACGGCGGUUUCCUCCGAAGGCAAUCGUCAUUUGCAUCCGUUGGAGAUGGAAACGCGGCGCCUGAUGAAGGCUCUCGGUAUUACCGGUGACAUGAUAGCGCGUGCGGUAACGAAUGGACCGCGCAGUGACAUCAUCGGUGUGUACCGAAUCAUAAUACAUCGAUUACAGCGGGAACAAACGAACGUCCGGUUAGCAUCGACGAAUGGCGGAGCGUACGAGUUCCUCGAGCUGAAGUCAAUCAACGGGACGACGCAAUCCGGCGGUAGUGCCGGACGCACCGGACCUAACAGUGGCGCUGGGCGCAACACUGCCAACAGUCGGCGACAUAUCGAUCAGAACCGUGGAAGGAUCUGUGCCAUUCUUUAAAAAAACCUAAGAACGGGGCCAACAAGUCCU